GAGGGCCACCAUCGCCACAGUCUUCCAGCAGCAGUAGUCGAAGUUGCAGCGAAGUCCUGGAGCACCCGAGCCCCAGAAGUCCUGCAAGUCGCCACCCAGUGAAGUCAACCAGCGAACCCAACAACCCAGUCGACCCGAAAUGCGACUCCUUCUCAUCGGCCUGCUGGCCCUGGGCUCAGCCAGAGCCUUCUCCGUGAUCCGGACGCAGCCCCAUCCCCAGCUGGUGGCCUAUGCGCCGGCCCGGGGCCAGUUCCCCGUGGUGAGUGGCCUGGCCCAGGGCUACGUCCGCUACUACGACGGCACGGGCGCCGAGCGCCUGCUGCCCUACAACUACCCGGAGCCCCUUAAUGGCCUCCGGGAUCUGGCCACCACCUCCACCUCCAGCCUAGUCCGCUCCGGCGCGGAGCAGGAGAGCCAGCAGACGGCCUUGUUCCGCGCCUGGUGCGAGCAGCGCUACCAGGCCCUGCGCCUGGAACUGGACCGGCUGCGGGCCCAGGGUCAGCAGCCCACGGCCAGCAUGCUGGCCCAGCUCGAGCCGCUGGAGCAGAUCGUCAAGUUCGCCGCCUUUGCCGCCGUGCCCGGACUCUCGCCGGAGGUGCAGCGGGCCCGGGACGAGCAGCUGCGCAUCUGGAACGAGGCCAGGCUGGAGGUGCUGCGCGCCGAGCAGGCCCAGCAGCUGAUUAGCCAGUCCCCGGAGUACCUGGUCAGCAGGGAGCCGGUCCUGGUGAAGACAUCAACGCCCCAGGUGGCCCAGCGCAUCGAAGCCCCGCAGACGCACUCCUACGGCCAGUUCGCCCCCAGCCAGGACAGCCCCCAGCUGCUCAAGACGGCAUCGCCACCCGCUCCGCAGCCCGUGGAGGAGACUCCGGAGGUGAAGCUGGCCCGCCAGGAGCACCUCAAGCAGUUCAACGAGGCCCUGCUCCGCCAGCCAGCCCAGGAAACGGUCAUCCUCAAGACGGUUCCUGGCAUCCAGCAGCCAUUUACGAGUCAGCCGAUCAUCAAGAGCACCACGACCACGACCUUUGAGAGCCAGCCAAUUGGCCAGCCCCAAGGCAUUUUCAAGACCAGCAGCUACCCGGAUCAACAGGCGGCUCCCCAGGGCAUUGAGGAGACUCCAGAGGUAAAAAGAGCUCGCGAGGAGCACCUCAAGCUGUACAACGAAGCCCUACUCCGUCAGCCCGCCAUCCCCGAAGAGCCCGUUCUGAAGACGACGCCCAUUCAGCCCCAAGCCAUCAUCUUCCCAGACCAAAAGCCUGUGGCUCCAGCUCCGGCUUUGGCUCCCCAACCCAUUGAGGAAACCCCAGAGGUGAAACGUGCCCGCGAGGAACACCUGAAGCAGUUCAACGAGGCCAUCCUGCGGCAGCCCAUUGAGGUGCAGCAGCAGCCCCUGAUCCCCGCCACGCCCAACGCCCCCUUCGCCCCGCAGCCGAUUGUGAAGGGCGCCAUUGCCGAGCCCCUGGGUCCGCAGCCCGUCCAGGAGACGCCCGAGGUGAAGAUGGCCCGCGAGCAGCUCCUGCUGCUCCUGGGCCAGGCCAAGCUGCAGGCCGAGGACCAUGUGGCCGACAUCGCCGACAUGAUCCGCCUGGAGGAGCGGGAGCGGGACAAGGAGCGAGAGAGGGAGCGUCUGCUGGAACUGGAACUGCGCCGGCAGGAGGAGAAGGAGGCCGAGGCGGAGCGCCAGCGGGAGGCAGACCGUCUGCGGGAGGAGACCCGUCUGCUGGAGGCCGAGCGCCUCAAGAUCGAGCAGGAGGAUCAACUGCGUCUGAAGAGCGAAAAGCAGGAGCUCCUCCAGCAGAAGACCCCCUCCACCGCGGAGAAGACCGCCGCUCCCGAGUACCUCCGCAAGGCCGAGCAGUUCAAGAUCAUCAACAACCAGGCCACGCAGGCCCAGCCGCAGCCCAGCAUUGUGACCCAGCAGCAGCAGGUGCAGAACGGUUUCUUCCUGCGCAUCCAGACCAGUCAGCCCAGUGCCCCCCAGCCAUCCGCCGAGCAGAGCACCAAUCCCUUCCUGGUGCGGCAAACCCCCAUUGCCGCUGCUCCCCUGCAAUCCGAGAAGGUCGACACAUCCGCCAGCGAACUCGACCUGGCCACGCGGGAGCACUUCCGCGCCCACGAGAUCGCAUUGGAGCAGCUGCGUCUGGCCAACCUGAAGAACCCCUGGAGCCCCGAGUGCCAGCACUAGGCACUAGGAUAGCUCCGAACCCGAAUCACUUGCAUUGCCCUAGGUUAGAUCACAUGCACACCCAUAGAACACCCCCACACGCAUACUCGUACACCUGUGUAGCUUAAGCGACUCACUCCGAGUCCCGACUCCAAAUGCAUUCAGUUGAGAAACAACGCAA